AUGACACGAUUUGGGGACUUUGCGCCACUAUGUACAAAUACACCCUCGUACACUUGGUGUAACCUAUUCUAUCGACAACUUUCAUCCGAUUCAUCUUUGAAAAGUAUCUUGACUGGUCUCUCUGCCGAUGCGAAUUCAGCACCAGUGGGGAUCAACCCUGUUUGUGGUAUCGCUAAAGCUGGCACUACAAUCGAUGGUCCACAUCAGGGCACAGGAAAGAGCUUAGGGAACAUCGCCAAUAUAGUCGUGUGUGCUGUGAGCAUGCUCGUGAUUUUAGGCCUAAUUGUUGCAUCUCAAAAGAGGAAAGCAGCAGUCGGUCGUGUCGAACUACGAAAUCUUCUAAUCCUCUAUUUCCUCACGUUACCUUUCCAACUUCUGACCACUGGCUCCUUCCUUGCGCAAGGUUCGACAGCGCUGGUUGCAUUAACCGCAAUACACGCAGGGCUCGUAGCGGCUUUUUUCUGGGCACUGCUAAUGAAUGCACUCAUCGCCACUCAGAAAAUUGAAGAUGGAACACCAGCCGCACUAGUCCCCUAUCUCCUUUUCUGCGCAGCCUUCUUUGCGGGUACCACGUACAUUGCAUUUGAUGUUGGGUUAGGCAUCACGACGGCGUUGGGUCCCUCAAAUGACCCCAGAGAACUGCGAAGCAUUCCGUUAUUUGUUCUGACGAGCAUCUGGCCAGCAGUGGCUGCGAUACUUUAUUUUGGUAUCAUGACAUACAUCGUCCUAGCUGUCCUUAAUGAGACACGGCCAAUGUGGUACUAUAUCCUUUCUGCAGGAUUAUUUGUGCUUAGCCAGCUGGCUUGGUUCCUCCUGGGAAAGGUUAUUUGUGAAGUGAGCAAUAUUCUUCUCGAUUUCUCCAUUUUACCCCUACCGGCACAUACUACCCAUUCUACGCCCGGGUAUUUGACCGCGGUGACCGCGCGGUCAUCACUUGAAACAGGGAAAUGA